AUAUAAACUGGCCAGCUUGGUUGAGUCAGUAUCAAACCAAGCUCACAGCUCCAAGUAGUCACUGCUACCAAACAAAACCCCAUUCAACAAUCAUGAAAUUCUUCGCCGUCUGCUUCUUCGCUGUUGUGGCCGUGGCUGCUGCCAAGCCCGGAGUUUUGGCUCCUCUGGCCGCCGCUCCUCUGGCUUACACCGCUCCGGCUGUGGUGGGCAGUGCCGCCUACGUGGCUCCCUACGCCUCCAGCUACUCCGCCCACUCGGUGGCCCACAGCGCCGCCUUCCCAGCUGCCUACACCGCCGCCUACACCGCUCCAGUUGCCGCCGCCUACACCGCUCCAGUUGCCGCCGCCUAUACCGCCCCAGUUGCCGCCGCCUAUACCGCUCCCAUCGCUGCUCCUUACACCCGACUUGCCACGCCCUAUGCCGCCGCCUACACCUCGCCCCUGGCCUACAGCUCUCCCUAUGUGGCCGCCGCUGCCGCUCCCUUGCUGCUGAAGAAGUAAACCGACGGAC